AUGGCCUACGACAUUUAUACCCCCAUUUCCUCACCCAACUUGACUGAACCGCCUGCUCCAUUGCACAACCCAAUAAGCUCUCUAUUUAGCAUCGAGUACGGCGUCAAUGCUUGGAUCAACUCAGGUGUGCCAAAAAACUUCAUAGUCCUCGGCCUUCCAUUUUAUGGUCGCAGUUGGAUUCUGAUAAAUGAAAAUAACCAUGAAAUACACUCACCCGCCAGGGGACGGGCGCCUGGAUUAGACCCCAUAUCUUAUAGCAAAAUCGUGACCUUUAUACCUCCUGCUGUGGAAAACUACGAUCCCACAUAUGUCACGAACUAUCUGAUCUAUAAUGGGUCUACCUGGAUUGGUUACGAUGGUACGAAUAGCAUCUCUACUAAGGUUGGAUAUGCAAAGGACAUGGGAUUGCAUGGUUACUUUGCAUGGCAUGUGGACGACGACACUGCUGACUGGGUUCUUUCAAAUGCAGCUUUCCAUGCAUGGGACGCGGAUGAUGAGUACUUGCUUGGAAGCGCUUAG